UCCCAAAGGUAGUCUUUCACAGCCAGACUUCCAACGAGUCUACACUAAAUUCUUCCCAAAAGGAGAUCCCACGAAAUUUACCGAACAUGUGUUUCGGACGUUCGACAGCGAUCAGAACGGGACGAUUGAUUUCCGAGAGUUCAUGUGUGGGAUGAGUACACUGAUGAAGGGUUCGGCUUCUGAUAAACUAAGCUGGAUAUUCAAUCUCUUUGAUGUAGAUGGGAAUGGAUUCAUCUCAAGAGUGGAAAUGGUAGAAAUUCUAAAGGCGAUAGAUGGGAUGAUCGGGGAAGAUACGCAUCGCCAGUCGUUUCAUGAGUCGACCAGCUCACCAGAGGAAAGAACCGAGAUCAUCUUUGACAGGGCCGAUGAGAAUAGUGACGGCAUGUUAUCGAAAGAGGAGUUUUUGGAUGCAGCUAGAACAGACCCGGCUGUCAUGGCAAUGUUACAGAUAGCAGUUUGAUGAUGUCCACAUUAAGAACUUCGUAAGUGUGUGCAUGCUACAUAGUAUAAGAUCGGGUAGAAUGUAAAGCUAGUCGUUCGAGUACCCUAAUCAAGACAAUAGACGGACAGCAUGAGUCGUUUACUCCAAAUAAAAUCAGAGAAAACUAUACGUUAGACCAGAAGAAAUUUGGUUUAUCAUAUUUUCAUUUAUGUGUGACAUGUGACAUGUACUCAUUCUCGGU